UAAAAACAAAAUAAUUAUUAUCCAAUUACGAUCACACAUGUUUGGCUAGUUUGUUUGUUUACGAGUUCGUGAACCAAAUUUUGUCUAUAAAUUGACGAGGAAGCUUCAAAAAUCCAAUAAAAAAAGAAUCUUGUUGAGAUUUUCGUUUCCUUCGUAUUGUUAUUCUGUGAAUAUCAAUAGCUUGACACCUUGAAUCAAGUUUUCCCUCCUUCCUAUUACAAAAGAAAGAAACCAAAUUACUUAUCCUAAAAGCAUUUGAGCAUAUUUCUUAUUCAUUCAUUCCUUGUAGCUCGUAACUCGUUGAUUACAAGUGACCCCUUAAAGUUUAUCGUGGACCCUUUUCUUCUGGCUUAAUUUGAUUCAUAAAACUAUUCUUUGUUUAGUUCAAAAUGAUGCUAUCAAAACUCGCAUUUUUUGCCUCUGUCGCCUAUUCUAUGGCUAUACAGAUCACCAGUCCUGAGAAAAAUGAUAUAUGGGAAACUUUCAAGGAUCAAACGAUUUCCUGGAAUUUCGUCGAGACAGAUCCGAAAAUUGCUGGAAUAUAUUUAAGCAAUUAUGUUAGUAUUAAUCAAAAUAGGUUUAUUGUAAAUGUCUCUGUAUCGGACGGCAGUUAUAUUGCUGAUACUAACAGUUGGCCUACUGGUGAAGGUUAUGUCAUCAAAAUAACUAAUCCCGAGAAUGUUGAUGAGGUAUACGCUCAAUCCGAGGGAUUUACCCUUACACAGCCAAACGCUUAAAGCAGCAAUCCUUGUUCACCUUCUGUUACAUGAUUUGGACGCAGCUUCCUUUUUUUCCCUUAACUAAAGCUACGACUAUAGACAGUCCCUGACUUUUAGUGAGCCCAGCCUACUGUUAAAACGAGUAGAUCUUUAUGAGUGGCUUUGCAAUAAUAAUAUUUAUUUGUUUUCCAGAAA